AUGUCCGGAAAGAAGUCCUACAAUGUCGUUGUCCUUCCCGGCGAUGGAAUCGGUCCGGAGGUCGUCGAACAAGCUGUUCGAGUUCUCGAGUUAGUCUCCAGCAAAUCAAAGGACUUUGAACUCAACCUCAAGAGCUACAACUUCGGAGGCGUGGCCAUUGAUGCGGCUGGCAAGCCAUUGCCCGAUGACACUCGCAACGCAUGCAAGGCUGCAGAUGCCAUUCUUUUGGGCGCUGUCGGUGGGCCCAAGUGGGGUGUCGGCAAGGUACGACCGGAGCAAGGGUUGCUAGACAUCCGCAAGGAGCUUGACCUGUACGCCAACAUCCGACCGGCCAGCUUUCCAUCCGAGUCUCUUCUCGCGUACAGCCCAUUGAAGGAGUCAAUCGCGAAGGGGACCGACAUCAUCGUCGUCCGCGAGCUCGUGAAGGGCCUGUACUAUGGCGACCGGAAGGAAGCAGAUCUCGACACGCCCGGCGGCGAUGGCGAGGCGACAGACAUGAUGGUGUACAAUCGCGCGGACGUACAGCGCAUCACGCGUCUCGCCGCUUACCUCGCGCUGCAACAGAGCCCACCUGCGAAACUGCACUCCGUCGACAAGGCCAACGUUCUCGCCACGUCGCGUCUCUGGCGGCGCGUGGUCACCGAGACGGUGCAGCAUGAGUUCGGCGACAAGGGCCUCGAGCUGGACCACUCGCUUGUCGACAGCACGGCGAUGUUGAUGGUGUCGAACCCACGCAAGUUGAACGGCAUCUUGCUCACGGAGAACAUGUUUGGCGACAUUCUCUCCGAUGAGUCGUCGGUCAUCCCUGGUUCGCUCGGCUUGCUCCCCUCCGCGAGUCUUUCAGGGCUUCCAGACGGAAAGAGCCGCUGCAACGGCCUGUACGAGCCUAUUCAUGGCUCUGCGCCGGAUAUCGCUGGCCAAGGUAUCGCAAACCCGAUCGGGACGAUCCUUUCGGCAGCCCUACUUUUGCGUUGGUCGCUGGGACAGAAGGAGGCGGCCGAGAACAUUGAAUCAGCCGUGCGCAAAGUUCUGGACACUGAGCAGAUGGGCGGUCUUGGCCUCAGGACCAAAGACCUCGGUGGGGAGGCUAGUACCAAGGAGGUCGGUGACAAGGUCUGCGCUGAGCUCGAGAAGCUUCUUUAG